AUGAAACGCGCUUCUGGAGAGCAUCGACAGCCCGCACGAAAUCGCCGACUGUCCACCUCCAGCAUACCCUCCGGUCUUGGCGGAUUCUCGGGUUCCUCGCUCUAUGACAAUGACAUUCAUGUGGUGACGGGCGUGAUCAAGGGUUUUUUGAGGCAGGGUCUGGGAUCAAAAAAGAUUCCAUUGUGUACAUUUGAUUUGUACGAGGGGUUCAUAUCUGCUACCCAAAUCCAAGAUUGGCGCACUCGCAUGAUUGCUCUACAAGACAUGGUUCACAACCUCCCACCGAACCAUCUCGCCACUCUCAAAUAUCUAUGCUAUCAUUUACGACGGGUCGCAGCAGAAUCCGACAAGAAUCGCAUGACAGUCCGCAACCUGUCGAUCAUCUUUGGGCCGACGCUGUUA